AUGGAAAGCAAAGCUAGGGUUGACAUCUCCCUGUGUCGAUCCAGCAGACGAAACAGGAAAAGGGGGCAGAGAGAAACAGUCCAGUUGCCAAGGUCUAGUUGCCCGGGUGGAGCCCAAGGCGGAGGGGCUUGUUUGGGCCCUGGGCUGGAGCAGCGAGGAGGUAACAGCGAUGACAUGAAGGGAAGCCACGUGACUGGAGGCCUGGCUGCCACAGCCUUCAAGAAAAUCACCCUCUUUGGCACCACUGGCAUGAUGGGUCUGGCCACCCUGGUGCAAGUCCUGGAAGCAAAAAGAGGACAAUUAUGGAAGCUGUUUGCAAUCAUCGAGUUGCUGUUAACAGUAUUGCCUCAAGUGGUGUGCAAGCAUCGUAGCCUUCAAUGUCAUCUUGAUGAGCCUCUUCCUAUUCAUCACACCUAUCAUCAGCUUGGAGAUGUUAACAUUGCUGGCAUUAUUUCUGUAUGCUUGAUAUUUUCUGACCCCAUUGAUUUCAGUCAACAUCCUUCUCAGGGACUUCAAGAUGGACUUAUAAUAGUUUUUCAGAAUUAUCAGCAUAUCCUGGCCUUAGCGUUUUCUCUCAAAGAGAUCAAUGAAAAUCCUGAGAUCCUACCCAACAUCACUCUGGGCUUCCACAUUUUUAACAGCAAUUUUAGUCCCAGAUGGACUUACUUUGCCUCAAUGUUGCUACCUUUCACUCAGGGAAAAUUCAUCCCUAACUACAAGUGUGGCCUCCCUCAAAAUUUGGCUGCAGUUAUUGGGGCACCUGACAUUGCUUUUCACAUGGCAACUGUAUUGUGCAUCUACAAAGUUCCUCAGUUGACCUAUGGCUCUGCUCCAGUCAUGGAUAAAGAGACUCAAUCAAUUUUCCUUCAACAAAUGUUUCCAAAUGAAUCGCAUGAAGAUAAGGGUCUCCUGAAACUAUUGUUGUAUUUUAGAUGGAUCUGGAUUGGAAUUCUUGUGGUAAAUGAUGACAAAGGAGAAAGAUUUGUACAAGAGGUGCUCCCUAUAUUUUCUGAACAUGGCAUCUGCAUUGAAUUCAUAGCAGAGUUCCCAAUCUUAACUUUUUACAGUGAUUUUACUGAUAUAAUAGACAAAGAACGAUAUAUAUACCAAGUUCUCAUGAACAGCACAGCCAAUGUGGUAAUCUUGUAUGGUGAAAGUCGCUCCAUGUCAAUUCUAAGAAGUUUCCUCCAGUUUUCAGAAAUGGAGGAUAUACCAAGAAAGACAAAAAUUUUGAUUACAUCCACUCAGACAGAUUAUACUUCAAUUUCCUUUGAUAAAUCUUUGGACAUCCAUAUCCUACAUGGUGUUUUAUCCUUUGCAGUUCACACAAAGGAGGUCCAAAACUUCCAGGAUUUUUUUCAAAACCUAAAUCCAAACAACAACCAACAUGAUCAUUUUCGGAAAGAUUUUUGGGAACAGGCAUUCGAAUGUUUCUUCUCAAAUUCAAAAACUGAGACAUCUGAGAAGAAAUGUACUGGACAGGAGAGGCUUGAGACCCUUCCCACAUCUGUGUUUGAAACACGCAUGAGUGGACAGAGUUACAAUAUUUACAAUGCAGUCCAUGUUGUGGCACAUGCUUUGCAAUCUCUCUCUCUAUCCAAAUCCAGGGGAAAAACAACAGUGAAAGAAGGAAUGAAAUAUUUCCACAAUCAUAUGUGGUGGCAGGUUCAUUCUUUUCUGAGAAGUGUCAGAUUCAACAACAGUGUUGGUGAAAAGAUCUCCUUUGAUAAAAAUGGUGAACUCAUUGGUGGAUAUGAUAUCAUCAACUGGAUCACAUUCCCAAACAAAUCCUUUGUUAGAGUCAAAGUUGGAGUGAUAGAUCCCACAGCUCCACCAGAGAAGUUCUUCAAUAUUUCUGUAGAUUCCAUCACGUGGCCAGUAGGCUUUAAUCAGGCAUUACCUUUAUCUUUGUGUAAUGAUCCUUGUGAGACAGGACACUGCAAGGCCAAGAAAGAAGGAAAGUUAUUUUGCUGCUAUGAUUGCUAUCUGUGCCCAGAAGGGAAAAUAUCAAAGGAGAAAGAUAUGGAUGACUGCUCCCCAUGUCCUGUAGAUCAAUAUCCAAAUCCUGACAAAAAUAUGUGUAUUCCAAAGCGGAUCACCUUUUUGUCCUAUGAAGAAACUUUGGGGAUCAGUCUGACUGUUCUUUCCCUUUGUUUUUCUUUAAUGACUACUUUCAUCAUCACAGUAUUCAUGAAACACAAAGACACUCCCAUCGUCAAAGCCAACAACCAAAAUCUCACUUAUAUACUCCUAGUUUCCCUCCUCCUCUCUUUCCUUUGUGUCUUUCUAUUUGUUGGCAGACCAGAUAAGAUUUUGUGUCUCCUUCGACAACCAACUUUUGGUCUCAUCUUUUCUGUAGCAAUUUCUUGUGUAUUGGCCAAAACCUUUGUUGUAGUUCUAGCAUUCAUGGCCACCAAACCUGGUUCCAAAUUGAGGAAAUGGGUGGGUGGAAGAAUGGUCAACUACAUUAUUAUUUUCUGCUCCUUUGUUCAAAUAUGUGUUUGUGCUGUGUGGCUGAUAAUAUCCCCACCAUAUCCAGAUUUUGAUAUGCAGUCAAUGUCUGAAGAAGUCAUCCUGGAGUGUAAUGAAGACUCAGUCAUGUUCUGCUGUGUUUUGGGCUUUAUGGGUUUUCUUGCUCUGGUUAGCUUCUCUGCUGCUUUUCUAGCUAGGAAGUUACCUGACAGUUUCAAUGAAGCCAAAUUCAUCACCUUCAGCAUGUUGGUCUUCUGCAGUGUUUGGCUGUGCUUUAUUCCAACCUAUCUAAGCACUAGGGGAAAAUAUAUGUUGGCUGUGGAGAUCUUCUCCAUGAUCUCCUCCAGUGCUGGAUUAUUGGUGUGCAUCUUUCUUCCCAAGUGUUUUAUCAUUGUGAUGAGACCUGAACUGAACAAUAAACAUCAGCUCAUGAAAAGAAAGUUUUAAUUAAAAAAAUGUAUAUGUAUUUCUAGGAGAAUUUUCCAAUUUUGAAGUCUGUGAUCAGUUUACAAUUUUAUUUAGCUGAAAUGGACUUGCUUCCAUACUUCAAAAUGGGAGGCAAAAUUCAAAAAUCUGAAUGAUGCAACUAUUACUACCACUCUUUUUAGAUCUAUGCUUUAUUGUAUUUAUUUUUAAUAAAUCUACGGUUUAUUUUCUUUAAUUAUCAUUUGGAAUGUGAGCCACCUAAAAAAUUCAUGGCCUCUAUGUCUUAAAUUAUUGAAUGGCCAAUUUAUACGAGAAGUGCCAGGGUAGGCCUGUUUUUUUUUUUUUUUUUUUAGGAGGAUGAGAUGUAAUCUGCCAUUGAAGGAAGAUGCAAAGUGAGUCUCAAUGGACAUGGGUUAAAAACCACCUUAAGGAAUACCAAUGUCUUGAUAUGGGUGGCAAAAGUUUAAUAUUUUUUCACUUUUAUUGCCAUUCCAUCCAGCAGUUCUGGUUAGGACAGAACUAGUCUGUAGUGGCUAAGGAGUUAGAAGAGCCUAGAGCAUGAUUUGGGGAUGUGAUCUGAGAUGAGCUUUUCUAUUAAGAUAUUCUUUGAAAGGACUUGAUCCUCCUGCAAAUGCUGAACCAAAACCUUGAUCGGUGGACUACUGUUUUGGUCUCUUUGUUUACUAAUAUUAAAAACUCAUUGCAAAUCUCAAAGGAAUUUGAUCAAUUCUAUUCUAAGUGCCAAAAAAGUCUACAAAACCAAUCCAGCUUCAAUCCAGCUAACAACUAUCCUAUCAGCUGAUUAUGUGUAUAGGUAGUCCUUGACUUACAAUAGUUCAUUUAGUGACGGUUCGAAAUAACAAUGGCACUGAAAAAAAGUCAUAUAAUUGUUUUUCACACUUAUGACCCAUGGUCACAUGAUCAAAAUUCAGAUGCUUGGCAACUGGCUCAUAUUUAUCACAGUUGCUGUGUCCUGGGGUCAUGUGAUCAGCUUUUGCAAACCUAUGGCAAGCAAAGUCAACAGGGAAGCCAGAUUCACUUAACAACUGUGCUCCUAACUCAACAAUUGCAAUGAUUCAGUUAACAAAUGCCACAAGAAAGACCAUUAAACAGGGCAAAAUUCACUUAACAAAUGUUUCACAUAGCAACAUAAAUUUUGGGUUCAAUUGUGGUCCUUAGUCAACGGCUACUGUAAUUAUGGUAAAUGUCUUUUUUAUUGGUUUGCUGAUUGGAAAGGAUCUUAAUGAUGGAACAAACCUGGUAAAGGCCAGGUCUUUCUACUGUGAGUCACUACAUCACUGCACCACCUGCCUGCAAAUUUACUAACCCUCCUGGAGGAGGCCUC